UCACAUCUUUGUUGCCUGAUGUUCUGAUACAUCAAAUCAACAAUGCCACGCCUCUCCCCGUGCAUUCUCCAAGCCCCCAGAUUCACAAUCUCAAGGCCUCUAUUCGCCAUCCCAAGGCACCCACGAGCCAAUUUCCCUUCCCCCUUCCACCUCCCAACCCGCGCCAUGUCCUCCACCACCCCACCCCUCCCCGCUAUCAGCGUAUCCUCCAACUCAGACCCCGACGCCGUCACCGCGGCCCUCCCACCUCUUCUCGAGCGCUGGUCGCUGACACCCACAAACGCCGGACUCCAACGCUCUUUCAAAUUCAAGACCUUCAAAAAGACAUGGGCAUUCAUGGACGCCGUAGCCGCUGAAGCAGCGAGGACGAAACAUCACCCCGAGUGGUCCAAUGUAUGCCCCUUCUCCCUUUCCCUUUCUCCCCUCCCCCUUCUUCCCACCAGCUCCAAGCAGGCAGCCAGUCAAUUAAUAAAACAGCAAGAAUCGAAUACUAACACCCCCAGGUCUACAACACAACCCUAAUCCGCUGGACCACCCACCACCCCCCCGGCCUGUCCUCUGCCGACAUCACCAUGGCCCAAUUCUGCGACACCUGCGCGGCGGAGCACGACGAGCUGCCUGCUGAGAAACCCGCUGCGGUUGUGGGAACUGAUGUUCCAACCGGAGAGGGGGGGGAUCCAUUGCAGGCGUUGGCGGAUGGGGUGGUGGUGGAGGGGGGGGAGUGUUGUGUGCCGAAGUAUGCGAGG